AUGUCGGUGUUCAAGCGGUCGAGUGUAGUGCACAUGGAGCAUGCCUCCGCUGAAAAACAUCUGGAGGAUGCGCCAAGCCUCGAGCAAACGUAUAUGGAGAGCGGGCUCAGUCGAGAUGACGCCUAUUUCCUCGCCAAUUUCUCAGAGGAGCAGAGGAGGAAGUGCGUGAGAAAGAUCGAUUGGCGUCUCUGUCCGCUUUUGGCCUUCCUCUACCUUGUUUCGUACAUCGACAAAGCGAGCAUAGGAAACGCCAAGAUUGAGGGCAUGCUGCCGGAUCUCAACAUGACAGGCACCGAUUACAAUGUUGCUCUAGCGAUCUUCUUCGUCCCAUACGUACUAUGCGAGGUUCCCAGUAAUAUUCUACUCGCCAAGUUCAAGAGACCAUCCGUCUAUCUCGCAAUUCUGACCGUCCUUUGGGGUAUUAUUGUGACCCUAACCGGUGUUGUCCAGAGCUUCGGUGCCCUCUGUGCUGUCCGUGUUCUGCUGGGCAUUUUCGAAUCCGGCUUCUUCCCCGGCGCCGUAUGGCUCAUCACGCAAUGGUACAUGCCAGAAGAAACGCAAAGCCGAAUCGGCCUCUUCUACACAGCAAGCGCACUCGCCGGUGCAUUCUCCGGCCUUCUUGCCUUCGGCCUCGCGAAAAUGGACGGAGUCGCCGGGUACGCCGGGUGGAGAUGGAUCUUCAUCAUCGAAGGCGCAGCAACUGUCCUCCUCGCAGCCGUCUGCUACUUCUGCCUCGCAGAUUCGCCCGAACUCUCCGGUCGCUGGCUCGACCCCGACGAGAUCCGAUACCUGGUUCUCCGCAAACAAGCCCUCCGAGGCCGCAUCGUCGUCGACGAGAAACCGAAUAAAUUCGAGUGGAAGGCUUUCCUCCAAGUCCUGACGGACUGGCACCUCUACCUGCAGAUCUUGAAUUUCUGGUCGAAUACCGUCCCGAAUUACGGGCUGAAAUUCUCCCUCCCGCAGAUUAUCAAGAAUAUGGGCUACACCUCCGCAAACGCCCAACUCCUCUCCAUGCCGCCCUACAUCGCGGGCGCGAUAUCCGCAUACGUCUUCGGCCUCCUCGCCGACCGGCUGCGCUGGCGCAUGCCGAUAAUCGUCAGCGGCCAAGCGCUCGUCAUCGUCGCAUUUGCCAUCCUCUUCGCCCUCGCAGAGGAUAUACAAGAUAAUAUCCCCGUAUGCUACUUCGCCGUCGUGCUAGCCUGCAUCGGCGUGUACCCGAUCAUCCCAGGAACAAACACCUGGACGUCGAAUAACCUGGCUGGCGCACGCAAACAAGCUAUGGGGAUAGCUUUCAUGAUCGCGUUUGGGAAUACAGGGGGUCUUGUCGGCUCAUUUAUUUACCUUGAGCGCGAGGCGCCCAAGUAUCCAACUGGGUUCGGCAGCUCGUUUGCGUUUGCGGCUGCGGGCAUGGUCGCAAGCUUGGUGCUUGAGGCGAGGUUCUGGCAUGUUAAUCGGCGUAAUGAGAAAAUUGGGCGCGAGGAGAUUUAUCAGAAGUAUUCGGCGGAGGAGUUGCAGCUUAUGGGGGACCGGUCGCCGUUAUUCAGAUAUACGCUGUGA